AUUUAGUGAAUACCAGGCUAAAAUGUCUGUCCAGAAGAGAACUUGGGAUCCUAAUAAAACUUUUGAUUUAUCCUCUGAUGAGUUGCGAGCUAUACAAGAAAGAGCCCAAAGGGCUUCAAAAUUAAGGAGCGAAUGGCAAAAGAAGCUGAGUAGUCCAUAUAAACCUGUUGGAUCAUAUAUCUUUGAUCCAGCUCUUCAGCGAUUUAUAUCCAUGAGGGCAAACUAUUGGCCUAUGUUUAAGCCUACUAUUAAGAAUUUUGCUUAUGCUUUCACCGGAGCUUUUCUCCCCAUAAUCGCCAUGGCCUGGUGGAUUGAUAAAGAUCGGAGUCAAAGAGAAAAAGAAUAUAGAGAAGGAAAAGUCGCUUACAGAGAUAGAUACUGGAAAUUCAUUUAA